GGCAGGGCGCUGUUAUCCCGGGCAGCCCCAGCCCGGCGCGGCCGGAGCCGCUCCCGCGCCGCCGCGGCCUCCCCGCCCCUCAGCCGGAACGCGCCGCGCGGGGCCGCGUUGCGCGGGGAAGGGCGUGCGGCGGCACCGGCGGCCGCCAUGGCGGUGGACAUCACCCUGCUCUUCAAGGCCAGCGUGAAGACCGUGAAGACCCGCAACAAGGCGCUGGGGGUGGCGGCGACGGGGGACAGCGCCAGGGACGAGCUGCUCAAGCGGGGCACCGCCCGUUCCAAAAGCGACUUCACCAGCAGGGCGCGGGAGGUGAUUUCUCAUAUUGGAAAGCUGAAAGAUUUUCUUCUACAACACAGAAAGGAUUACAUUAAUGCUUAUAGCCAUAUUAUGUCUGAGUAUGUGAGGAUGACGGAUACAGAGCGUGACCAGAUAGAUCAAGAUGCCCAGGUGUUUAUGAGAACGUGUGCUGAUGCCAUUCAUCAGCUCAGAACAGAAGCACACAAGGGUGUCCAGUCUGCUCAGGUGAAGGAGCACAGAACAGCUGUCUUGGACUUCAUUGAAGAUUACUUAAAAAGAGUGUGCAAGCUGUAUUCUGAACAAAGGGCCAUCCGAGUUAAGAGAGUGAUAGAUAAGAAGAGACUGUCCAAACUUGAACCUGAGCAGAGCAAUGUGUCCAAAUCAUCUCUUUCCACUGAAAAAUCUUCACAGAGUCCUUUAGAGGAUUCUGAAGAAAAACUUUCUGCUGAGGAAAGCAAAGACAGGAAUCUGCCCGAUGCCCAAAGUAACCUUGGAUUAUGGGGGGAUGGCAGAGGUGAAGAUGAGCUGUCACCUGAAGAAAUACAAAUGUUUGAACAGGAGAACCAGAGACUUGUUGGUGAAAUGAACAAUCUCUUCGAUGAAGUCAGACAAAUUGAAGGAAAAGUGGUGGAAAUCUCCAGAUUACAAGAGAUAUUCACUGAGAAAGUCUUGCAACAGGAAACUGAUAUUGACAAUAUCCAUCAAUUAGUUGUGGGUGCAACAGAGAAUAUAAAAGAAGGCAAUGAAGACAUAAGAGAGGCCAUCAAAAACAAUGCUGGAUUUAGAGUAUGGAUCCUCUUCUUCCUUGUGAUGUGUUCAUUCUCCUUGCUUUUCCUGGACUGGUAUGAUAAUUAAUUAAACAUAUAUUGGCUCCAUGCUCUGUUUGUAAUUGUUCUGACUUUUUUUAGUGGAGUGAGGUAUAACAGCACACCUACAUACUUUAUGCAUUUUCUCAUACCUCUAUGAUGGAAAUAUUUUCCAAUACAUAAGAUGUGCACAUAUCCAUUACAUUCAUUUAAAAUCCCUGUAUCAAACAUAAAACCACACUUAUCCUCUGGAGAACAUAAAAGUAUUUGAAAGACCUGUGAAGAAAGCUACACGCUGGAGCAGACCUAACAGAAGAAAAAGCAACAGUACUGGUUUUGACACAGCCACCCACCUGUGCUGUGGAAAGUCCAGCUCCCAUCCCAGAGCAAGAGAAAACUGUUACUGUGCAGAAGCAUCUACGCUGUCUCAGGCCUUUAUUUCAUCACACCACUUCAGUACACAGUGAUCACUUUGCACAUAAAUGACCUUCACUUCUAAUCCUCUGAAACUACUUGUCUCAGAAAUCAGCUUGAUCUAAUGGUACCAAUAAUGAUAAGGAGUCAACAAAAGAGCUUUACUUGUAAGUGAAAAGAGAGAAUACAACACAGAUUGUGCAAUGAAACAGAUGUUCUGGGAUGCUGGAAUAAAGCCAAAGGAUAGACAAUUAAACUCCUCAAAGUACUAAACCUGGGAGCAAUUUGUUAACUAAAAAAAGUCUCAAAACCAAGUGUAGAUAAGACUCAAUAAACUCCCUCCUGAUAAAUCAGAUGGAAAAUGGUUUUGACUUCAAGAAGCAUAAACAAUCAUCUGUUUCUCCUAGAUCGUAAGGCUUACUAAUUUUUACUGUUUAUUGUUAUGAGGAGAAAAAGAAGUUGUUUCUCAUCAGUAUUUACUUUUGCAUUAAAGUUUUUAUUGUCCUAAAUUUAAGGGGAGGAGAUGUAUCGUGAAUCAUUUCUAUUUAGAACAGUCUUGGGAAACUGACCUUUCCAUCCUGUAAAAUCUGAAUGUCCUCUUAUAAGUAUGUUGAUAUUAAAUGUGUGUGUUUUCUUAUCUCUCUUCUGAAAUGUACAUUUCUAUACAUUUUAUGCAACAGGUAGCAUCAUUCUUAUUAUUUACUAUGCACAGAGUGAAAAUGUCAAAAGUUACAUGUGAAUUGAUUAUAUUCAAUAAAGCAGAUGCCUGUUAGAAAAUGCAAACAUGAUAUGUUUUAAAGAUCUUAAUAUAAGCCUGAUAUUUUUAAUUGCAAAGAAAAAUUUGGCACAUAGUUUAUUGCUUCUUAGGCAUUCCACAUACCAUGAGGACUUAAUAAAAAGCCUUUUACAGCU